AUGAAAUAAUCCACAAAAAAAGAAAGAAGAGGCUCUUUUGAUUCCUUGCUUUCCUCCUCAAUUUUCUAAUCUAAUUUUUUAGCAAUUGAUAUCAAGAAAUAAAUAGAUGAUGAAUUAGUAAAUUAUUAAGGAGAUGAAGAACUUGCCAUAUCAGAAAAAUGUAUAACUCUAUCCUUUAUAUUAGAACCAAAAUAUCCGCCAAUACCUUUGUUGAAUAAUGAAUAAUUACUUAAACUAAGCAAAAAAAAGAAUUUGGGAGAUGAAGAAAAAUUAUAAAUAGCUGCAACUUUAAUACAAUAGAGAGGCCUCAAAUAUCUGGAACGAAGAGCUAUUUGGAUGAAUUUCAUUGAAAAAGGGGAUGCCAAAAAGUAUUUCUCUAAGUAACCUCCUUAAAAUGUGUAACUACAGAUAAGCAAAGAUCUCAACAGGUCUGGACAUGAUGAUAAAAUGAAUACCAAUAAAUUCACUCAUAUAUUAGGUCGAAUUUUAGGGGCUUAUGCAAUAUAUAAUCCAAAAAUAGGAUAUACAUAAGGAAUGAAUAUUAUUUGUGGGAAUGUUAUUCUAUUAUUAAGUAUUGAUGGAAAUGAUAGACAGUUGGAAUUGGAUAAUUUUGAAGUAAUAGAAGAUGAAGAAGAAAUGUUUUGGAUGUUUGUUCAUUUAAUGAAAUCAAUGGAGAAUCUCUUUAUUUCAGGAGUGCCAGGCAUUCAUAGUAGAAUAGAAGAAUUAGAAUUAAUGCUCUAAAGUCGUUGUAAUGAAAUACUUCUACAUUUGUAAAGUAACAAUAUUGUAUGA